CAAAGACAAGUCUUGGAAACUCUUCUCGUUUAGGGGUGGGCCUCAAAGAGUUUGGAUAAUGAAAACUAUGAGUGGGAAAUGUAAUAAUACUACCUCAACUCUUAAAACAACUAAAAUGUGGAUAACAAAAAAUAGUUUGACCAAAAUUGAAAAGUAUCCAACUCCACCCUCAAAAACCAUCUAGGGAUGGCAAGAGUGAUAGCCAUCUUGAGCAUUCCAAUCUUUCUUACUCGAAAUCCAUGUAUUUAUCAAGCUACAGAACGAGUUGUGAAAAACUAACAAAGCGAAUCGAGUGGCUCGUGUGGCUCGUGGAGUACAUUGCAAAUCUACUAGAUCGUAACACUAGCAUGAGGAAAUAGCUCAACGUAUUGCUUUAGGACUCGAACAAGCGAUGGUAUGUUACAUUUGGAAUUUAUGGGAGAUGAGAGUGUCGUAGAGACAUAACAAAUAAGUAAAGGUGGAGGUUUGAUCAUCAAGAUUCCCAAUCAAUCUGAAUUAUCAAAGGCAUGCAACUGAAGGGGAUUCGUAAAUAGGCAAAUUUAGAGGUCAUGUGAAGUUGUGCCAUCCAAGUAACAUAACAGUUGCUUGAGACGUUACUAGUCAAAUAUGUGAGUGCAGGAAUUGCGAUAGCUUAUUUGCCACGAAUGUGAUAUCGCGAUGUGUUUGUAGGGGAUUCUGAAGGGAGUCAAUGAUCUGACAAUUCUUGAAGGCAUAAACGACAUCACUACUAUUAGGUAAGGAUAGACACGACAAAGAGGCAAAGUAAGUUGUUGGUUUUCCUCCCGCCAUUUGAAAUUAAAAAAGAUGCUAAAGACAUAGUUGCGAAAAAAGAACGCAGCUGGAGUAGGAAGGAAUAUACUCUUAAAAAUAUGAGGCACUAGGUGUUUGAGUAAUUGAGUGAAAAUCUGCUCGAAAGUACUUCAUAGAAGGUUGUGGUGAACUAUUGGUCACUCUCGGUAAGCAAGAGAUCGUCGUCAUACACGAGAAAGUAGGCAAGAACUGUUGGAGAUGAACAAGGAUGCAUAAUAACAUAUUUUGACGAAUCUCUAUGCCUUGAAACAAAAUUGACUACAAACUUUCCAUUACAAACCCCAAAAAGUUAUUGCUCGUGUCAACAAACCAUAUUGAAAGCUAAAAGAGAAAGAAAAAACAUAUACAGAAUUAUGAAUAGACAAAACGAACACUUACAUUCACACGCACGGGAAUAAACUAGAAAAGAAAGAAAUGACCUUCCCAAACCACGUGGAAAUAAUUCGCCCUAGAUUCGUAAAAACUAAAAACAAAAAGAAAAAAAAAAAAAAACAUUGCCCCCUUCGUGAAGGUGUGGUAUGAUGGUUACAUUCCGUUUGUUCCUCCGGUUUACAUCGAAUCUCCAUUCAUCACGAUUAAAACUUGAUGUUAACAAAAGAACCUGCGUAUUUGAUAGAGUAGAGUGGUCUUGGAUCAACAAACUCUGCAUUCCUUUUCUCCCCAUUUGUUGUUUCCACCCUUUGAAUCAUCACUCUCAUUCUGGUUGAACGUUUUUCAUCCUUUCUUUGUACCACGUUCUUCUGUUAAUCAAUCAUAUCCUUCGCCUUUAUAAAAAAAACAUUUUUUCUGAUCAUUGUCUAUCUCAAUCAAGUCGUCUCGAAUCAUUACAUCGACAGUGGAUGAAUUCUCCAUUCCACUCUCGAUCGAGCAUUUGAAUUCAUUCAUCAAUUCAUCCAUCCAUCUUUCAUGUAAUGGAGCAAUUCAGGAAGAUGGGAGAGGGACUAGGGAGCUUGAAAGCCCUAAUGGUGUUCCGAGACAACAUCGAGAUCAAUCCGAGGCAAUGCGGGUUGUUGUUCGACAUGUGCAAUUCGGCCUACGAGACCAUCGCAGAGGAAUUGACGCAGAGCCUGAAAUUCGAGGAGCGCCAUAUGAAAUGGAAGGUCAUGGAACAGCCAUUUCGAGAGAUUUGCAGGAUCCUGAAAGAAGUCGAAGGUUACAUCCGGCUCUGCCUCGAGGCCAAAUCCGACGAAGGAUUGAUGUUGUGGAGCAAAGCUCUGCAUCUCCACCACAACAGAGACUGCGUCGAGUUCCACAUCCAUAACCUGAUCUCCGCAAUGCCGGCGGCCAUCGAGGCCAUCGAGAUCGCCGGUGAGUUCGCCGGCUCCGAUCAGGAAGACACCCACCGGAAAAGAAAGCUGGUCACCAGCAAGUAUCAGAGGGAAUGGACCGACCCGAAGAUUUUCCAGCUCAAGUUCGCGAAACAGUACCUGGUUUCCAACGAUCUCUCCAGCAGGCUCGAAUCCGCGUGGAACGAGGAUCGGUGGAUUCUGCUGAACAAGCUGAAAGGAAAGAAUUCGAGUUUCUUGUCGACAACGAAGCAGGAUCGGCAGCUGGCCGAUCUGAUCGUGAAGAGACUGGAAGGAAACUGGAAGCUCUUCCCGAGCUCGAUUCUUGUCGGCUCGAGAGAUUACCAGGUGAAGCGGAGGCUCGGCGGAGGGAGCCAGUUCAAGGAGAUUCAAUGGCUUGGUGGUGAGAGCUUUGCAGUCAGGCAUUUCUUCAUCGACAAUGUCGAUCCUCUGGUUCCCGAAAUUUCUCGACUUUCGUCGCUCUCCCAUCCCAAUAUUCUGCAAUUGCUAUGUGGGUUCGCCGACGCCGACAAGAAAGAGUGUUUCUUGGUGACCGAACUGAUGAGCUGCAGAGACAUUGGGAGCUACAUCAAGGAAAUUUGUGGGUCGAGGAACAAAAGGCUGCCCUUUUCGCUCCCCGUCGCCAUCGAUGUAAUGCUGCAGAUUGCUCGAGGGAUGGAGUAUCUUCACUCCGAGAGAAUUCACCACGGCAAUUUGGAACCUUCGAACAUUCUCGUCAAACCAAGAACUUCAUCCCCAGCAGCAGGGGAAGGGUACCUUCUCGUCAAAUUGACAGGAUUCGGACUUUCAUCUGUCAGGAACAACACGAGAAAGAAAUCGUCAUCGUCGCCGAAAUCCGAUACCUUGUCGCCAUUUAUAUGGUCGGCGCCAGAGGUUUUGGACGAGCAAGAGCAAAAUGAUCAGAAGCAAGAACAACAGGUCAGCUUAACAAUAUCGAGAGAGAAAGCAGACGUCUACAGCUUCGCCAUGGUCUGCUUCGAGAUCCUGACAGGAAAAGUGCCCUUCGAGGACGGCCAUCUCCAAGGGGAAAGGAUGAGCCGCAACAUUCGAGCAGGGGAGCGGCCAUUGUUCCCCUCUCAAACCCCCAAAUUCGUCGCCAAUUUCACCAAGCGGUGCUGGCACCACGACCCUAAUUGCAGGCCCGAUUUCUCGUCCAUCUGCAGAAUCCUUCGCUACACCAAGAAGUUCCUCCUCCUGACGAACACGACGAUCAACAACAACAACCCGCAGCAACAACUAGACGCCGCCGCGGCGCUUUCUACGCCGAUUCUCGAUUACGUGGAGACCGAUUCGAAGCUUGCGCGGAGGUUUCAGAGCAAUGUGGACGCUUUGGUGCCUGUAUCAGAGGUUCCAUUUCAGAUGUUUGCUUACAAAGUCGCGGAGAUGGAGAAAACGAGGCCUUCCAAGCUCAAGGAGACGACUUCCGAAUCGUCGGGGAGCGACAGGGCAUCCAUGAGUGGAGAUGAAGCCACCUUUGUUGAAGUCGAAUCGUUUCCUUCGCCGAUACCCAGUCCUGACAGGAUUAAUAGCAGUAGUUGUAGCAGUAGCCGUAGGAUCCUGUCUUCGUCCCCUGAAGCAGCAGGUUAUAAGAGAUCCCCUGUUUCAUCCAAGAGAGCAUCUUCCGAUCCGUGGAAGACAUCGCCUAAACACACAGGGACACCAAAGGGGAGAGGUGUAAGGCCGCCACCACUAGGACACAGUGGGAGCGGAAGGAAUUUGAGAAUGAAUUCGGAAAGCCAGCUGUUGAACAUGAUGAGUCCGAGGGUUACAAGGAAGACGACUACUGGGCAUGCCUCAGAUUCUGAACUUACAUAAAAAUUUUGGAUUCGUCUACAUCGCAUUUGACCAAUAUACAUUCCUGCAUCUACAUGCUUGCAAGUGUAAAUUGCCCCUUUCUUGCUCUUCUUUGCAGCCAGGCAAGGCUUUCACAUAAAAAAAAAGGCAUUUGUAUUUUACCUUGGGAAUUUUGUUCAAAAUGGAUCAUCUUUCGUGUUCUUAGACAUCUCUACAAAAGACAAAUCUUUGUUACUAUCAAGUCUGGACGUGACUACUGAUUCAGAGGCGCUCAAAAAUGAUAAUCGUCAUUAUAACUAGUGAAAAUCUGAACAAAACAAGAUCACAUAC